AUGUGUGAUCACGAUGAUUUUACAAAUGGUGACAGUGCAGGUGUAUCUUUGACUCCAAUAGCAUUUAGCAGUACUUCCAGUGGUGAUAACCAUAUACAGCUAACUGUUGAACCUACUAUCUCUGAUCCAGGCGAAUUGAUCAAAAAGUACAAAUUGGAAAAAUGUUGUCAAUGGAUCAAUGACAAUAACUUCCAAAGGAUAUCUUUGCAAUUCCCUGAUGAACUACUUGUUGAUGCUGCAGCCAUCACAUCAUGGCUUGGAGAAAAUGUUUCUGGUCAAGUAUUUAUUUUGGGUGACACAUCUUAUGGAAGUUGUUGUGUUGAUGAAGUCGCUGCACAGCACUACAAUGCAGACAGUAUAAUUCAUUUUGGUUAUGCCUGUUUGAAUCCAACAAAACGUCUGCCUGUAUUUUUCAUCUUUGAUGAGCAAGCAUUAGAUGUGGCUGACUGCUGUGAUAAAUUUUACAACUGUUUCCCUGAUCAUGAAAGUAAUGUUAUUAUAUACUACGAUGUUCGUUAUUCUUAUGCCAUUGGGGAGCUCCAGACAUAUCUUGAAAGUUACAAAAAUGUUGUAAUUACUGAAUUGGACAUUCCUCAAAAUGAUAGGAAAUCAGACUGUGAUAGCAAAGUGCAGCAUUUCUCAAAAUGUAGGCGUCUCUUCACCAUUCCAGAAUCUGAAUCAAUUGAAGACUAUUCUAUUUAUUUCAUAGGGGAACCAGAGAACACUUUGAUUGAUUCCAAGGAAUUUUAUCAACCAGUUGUGACUCCUUUUGAAGUGGAAAUGGCACUUAACCCAGCUAGAGAAUGGACUGGAGAUUACUACACAGACUUUACACUCUUACUUCCUGGUGCUGCGUGUUAUGUACCUCUGCCUGAUGAACCGUUUGACAAUACAGACGUUUCUUUAAUAACAGGGAAAAUACGUACUUUGGGGGAAGAUGCUGAACAUCCUGAAUCAUCAAAUGUAAUCUUAAUCCGUCCAGAUGCUUUGUCUGUCACUACAGUAAAUGCAAAGACUGCAGGAGAAUUCCUGACUCAAAGAAGUUGGCAAGGUUUGGAACAGAACCUUGGAGAAACUCCUAUCACUAAGGCUGUCGAAGGAGAUGCUGGUAUUGCUUGGAGUUAUACACACGAGAUGUUGCCUUCGGAAAAAGACUGA